AUGGCUACUUCUACAUACUUAAAGUUUGAGGCAGAAGAGUGUGAUCAUGACCACACACAAUCCCAAGAUUCUUUUGUUGUUAAAAUCAACACCAAACAAAGAUAUCAAAAGAAAUUACGAACGAGAAACAACUUAGACUUGAUAGAAGAUCGUUACAUGGGUCCCGAGUCAUCUACUUGUUUUCAUGUUCCCAAUUCCCUCAUCAACUACCCUCUAUGCCUAGAAUCCCACAUCGAGAACGAGCUCUCCUCGACUGACCGGAGCUUCGAUCCCGGUUCCGGUUCCAUCAAUUACCUGGCCAAGCAAAUCUUCCUUCACUUGCUCGCCAAGUACUUCUUGAAUGUUGGAGUUGCGUUGGUGGACCUCUCGGUCGAGUUCGAAAUAGUGACUGUUGAGUCGGUUGAUGUAGAAGAAGAAGAACUGCAGGUAUAUGAUGAAUAUGAUGCAGUAAUUGGCGAUCAUAAUCUUGAUGAUGGUUUUUUGGAGAUUGAUGGAGAUGAACAACUGUUGAUGAUGCCGAACAGGGGUGCUUCACAAUCUGCCAUUGAUGGGUUGAAGAAAGAGAAAUUUGAGUUUGGAUGUAACGGGGAUGAUGAGACGACUACUACUACUACUACUUGUGUGGUUUGUAUAGAUGAUAUUUUGGUUGGGACGGAAUUCACACGCUUGCAUUGUUCUCAUGUUUUUCAUCAUCAAUGUAUUGUUCAGUGGUUGCAACAAAGCAACACCUGCCCAAUUUGUCGUUAUGAAAUUGGGGAUAUGGUGAAUUAA